GCGGAAUCAGUGUUCAAAACUUCAAAACAAAACACAAAACUUUUCUCUCAACUCUGUUCAGCUGUAUGUGGUUUCAGAAAAUAGAUAGAAGCCGGCAGAAGAGGCUGUGAUAACAUUCGUCUUGUUAUCAACAUCAACACAGGAUUUUUAGCCCUGUGUAGCUUUGUAGAGGUCUCACGUCUCACGUUGAACCAAAAAUUAAACUGAAGAGAAUUCGAUUUCAUUUGGAGAACAUCUUUAGCAAAAUGAAAGGAAUUUACAACUAUGAGAGACGAGAUAGUGUGCCGCAAAAAUUAUGUGCUCCAGCAGCCGAAAGAAACAAGCAGGCCAUUCUAGAAGUGCUGCAGCAGUACGUCCCUCAGAUGGUAGCUAAAAAGACGCCUAUUCAGUGCUUAGAGGUGGCCUCUGGUACUGGACAACAUGUGGCUCACUUUGCCCAUAACCUGCCAGGUACGCAGUGGCAGCCGGCCGAGUUUGACACCAACGAUUUUCCCUCGAUUCAAGCCUAUGCAUCAGAACUGCCCAAUAUCUCCGAACCAGUUUUCAUCGACGCCUCCCAGAGUCCUGACCAGUGGCCUCUGCAGGGAAGAGCCUUUGAUUUGGUCUACUGUGCCAACAUGAUUCACAUCUCACCAAAGGCCUGCACCCCCGGACUGUUCACCGGAGCUGCAGCUUUUCUUAUUAAAGGAGGAAUUCUGGUCACCUAUGGACCUUAUGCUUAUGGAGGAACCAUUACUCCCGAGAGCAACCAGCGAUUCGACGAGUCGCUCAGGUCUCGGGACAGUGAAUGGGGGCUCCGAGACAUUGACGAUUUGCAGAAAAUUGCUGGAAACGUUGGUCUGGCCCUUGAGAAAAUCGUUGACAUGCCUGCCAAUAACAAGACUUUGAUUUGGAGGAAGGUCUGAAAAUUUUCAUUUUAUUUACACAACUAAGAAAAAGUCAUAUUGUUUACCAGCAUUUAGUUUAUUCUGAGGGUUUGUGGUAAUGUUAAUUAGAUUAAAAACACAGAUUUUAAUAUUCUUAUACCAAGUUUUUUUUCUC